GGUGAAUGCAGCCGUUCAGAUUCAUCCCACCUAACAUAUAUAAUAUAUUCACAGGAGGCAUCGGCGAUUGUAUGGCUGGUGAGUUAUCGAGAAAAAAGAGGGGAGGGGAAUUGUGCAGUGAUACCGAUUCCACAUCCAAGUAUGGACACUAUCAUGUAAGGAGGUCACUUUCUAACACUCAAUUGUGCCGCCGAGGUAAGUCGAAAAGAUUAGGUGCACUUGGUUACGGCGCAGAAGGCAAUGCAGGAAGGUUGUAUAUAGUGUUACCAACACCAACCUGAACACGGAUAAAUUAGGUACCUGUUAUUCACAAAUAGAAGAUACGUUGAAUGUUACAUCUGAUUGUAGAACUACCUAUAAUGGGCCCCCAAAGUUAUUAUAUAUAUCCAAUCUCUUCCCCUCUCUUGCACUACGCUUCAUCAUGUUCCCUGUCCUGCUCUUUCAACACCUCUACUGCCAUUAUACGAUAAGAAGAGCUUCGCUAUGAAACAAUCCUUCUUGAUCUAUUUCAGCCUCGUGGCUACGGGUCUCUGUGCUGGUCCGACAGACAGAAGCCGGCAUGAUGAAACUGUUCAUAAAGCAGGGAAGUUUAACGGCCUAGCAGUGGCGCCGUUACGUAUACGAAGGGUAGUAGAUUCAGAUGCCGCGGAGAAGACCUUCAACGGUACAAUUCAAGAAAUCGAUAUACAAAUUCGUCGUCUUAACCCUGACUUUUCUUGGGGACACUCCCAGCUAGCGACAAGACGCCAGCACAAGAAAAGGAGAACGGAGAAGGUAUUGUGCCACGUGCAAAAUCUGCCGCCAGCUUCGAGGGCUGCCGUAGAGAAAAAUCGCGAUUGGCUAAGCUCUCUCGCUACAGAGUUGUCUGUUGAUGCUCAGCGCUGCACAAAGUUCUCCUGCAUAGAGAACGCGGCAGUCUGGUUCUGUAAUGACAACUUACAGUGGAUCCAGCAGAAUAGCAUUACUAUCGCAGACCACAUUGAUAGUAUCCUGGCCAAAUCGGACUGUGCGACUUCGGGGAAUGAUAACUUUAUUCAAGGCCAAGCAUUUGAUGGAAGCAGCUACAAUAUCAUUGUCAAUGCCGACCAUUGCCCUUGACUCAGCAUUAACUAUUUGAUAUGGUUUAUUUUUGAUACAACUGGUAUCAGUACUUCGGCAGAGAAUGAAGUUGAGUUGGUACGAGGGAUGUGUCAUGGCGGAAUUGAAGUAAAUUUAUUCGUAGGCACUUAGAUUAUGCUGAGACGUGAUAGUAGAGACAUCCUAUGGGUGUUCUUUUUACUCACUUGCUUGCUUUGAGAUAAAUAUUCUCUCAUUGAUGCUAGUGAAGUGACUGUCCUAGCAUGUAAAUUCACUUUCAGCCCGGGCCAUGACUUACGGUAGAUAUUGACCAGAACUUCUCUGGUGUUGGGUUAUAUUUCUGCGUAGUAUAGUUCGGUAAUCUAGUCCACAAC